CAGAAGGCGGCGGUCAUGAAACGGAUGCAGCUGGCACCGGCCAAGGGCCUCAUCCUUAUGGUGAACCGCAGCGCCUUGCGACCCAAGAACCCCCAGGCGCGGCCGCAAGCCAUCGUUCGCGGAAUCCUCCAGAUUGUGACGGACAUUAACGCCGACGGAGUGGGGCUCACCGACCGAGGCUUGCGAGAGGCUGACGUCAAGGAGGUCAAGUCCGACGCCGACGUACUGUCGGACGAGAUGCGAGAUUACCACGGUCUCUACAGGCAUGAAUCAUACAGCGGAUCUCCGAACGUGUUCAAAAGUCUGGUCCAGCACAUUGCAACAGUCUUCGGCCGUGCGACGUACUUCACCGCUCCGUACUUCACUAACUUCUUCAUGAAGAAAAAGAACGACACACCAGUCAGCGAGUACAUCAAGCGAGACAUCAUCGACUCACUGUCGCAGAAUAAGGGAGCUAAGGCUGUCGCCCUCUCGAUGUCGCUGCGAGUUCGCAAGUGCGCCAAGUACUCGCUAGACGGCCACCGGCUACCCAACUGUACCGAGUUGCCUCUCGACUACAAACACGUCUGUGACAUAGGCCCAGCGAACAUCGAGUGCCACUACUAUUCGGUGAUGUCCAGGCGCUGGGAAGGGGGACUGAACGAAGACCUCACCGAUAUUCAUUUUUUCGAAGUCGAGGAGACUGUCUCGAAGAAGGCCCGGCUAAUGGCUGAGCAGCUGAAGAAGGCUCAAAUUCAGACGAUCGCCAUCAUCGUCGAACAUUACGAAUAUGACGCGAACAAAACUGUUAUGAAGUAUUCCCACGAUCAGCAGAAGGAUAUUCCGUGCGCCGUGACCCCGUUUGGCAUCACCAACCGCACCAAGGAACAGCUCAAGAAAGUCCUCUAGGUUCCUACCAGGCGAACGAGACGUUACAGUUGUUUAUGACUGCACAACAAGCCUUGAACUCUGCGCUUCUAAUCCAUCGCCAAGGCUGUUACUAUGCUGCGCUGCACUGUCAAUUUCCUGCAUUUCGCUCAUCCGUGGCCCAGGCGUGAAGGUGCCUGGUUUGG